AUGAACUUCACACAGCAGCUGUGGUCUGUGAAGGAGUGGGGCCGGGUGAUGGCCAGCAGAAGCGAGUACGUCACACUUGUGCACGAGGCGACCAACGAUGAAAAGUGGGGGCCAACGGGUCCGCAGAUGGAUGCUGUGUGCAACGCUUACACCCGCGGCAGCUCCGAGAUCCUGAACGAGCUGCGCAACCGUCUCAACAACCGUAACAAAUCGUGGCGGCCUUGCUACAAGUCACUGCUUGUGAUUGACUACCUCGCCCGAAACGUUGAUGGGCGUUACCUGCCGGAGAUCUGCGCCUUGGUGCCCCUCAUGCGCUCCAUCUCCACUAGUUUCUACUACACCAAUCCUAAGGGUGUUGAUCACGGCGUGUCGGUGCGGGAGCGGGCGAAGAAGCUCGCGGACCUGCUCAGUGAUGGCCUGCAGCUGCGUGAGGAGCGCGCUGUAGCGGCGAAUACAAGAGAGAAGCUCUCCCGCAACGCCCAUGAUUGCGGCGGCCCGAACAUCGACCCCUACGAUGGCGCGUACAGCGGUGGGUAUCGCGAAAACAACGAGCGUGACAAUUACGGUGGCUACGGCAACGCCCCCCGCCAGGCCUAUGACUCGUACCGCCCCUCCCCCCCUCCCGCCCCGGUGCUGGCCCGCCCGCUCAGUAAGGAGGAGCAGGAGCGGUGCGACAUGGGGUUGGCGCUGCGCAUGCAGCGUGAUGAGGAGCGGCGCAGCGGGAUUUCGGCCGCGCAGCUGGAGGUAAUGUACGCAAACAGGGCUCGCCAGAACAAACACGAGGCAGAGCCCCACAGGGUGACCGUGGAGGAAGACGACGAGAGACUUGCCAGGCGACUCCAGCAUGAAGAGGAGGAGCGGGCGCGGUCCCAGGGCCUAUCACUGCCGACGCUCAACUCGAGCAAGCCAUCCACCACGCCAGUAAGGCCCCCCUCGCCCAAGGUGAUUCCUUCCGCGGAGCUGGAGAAACCCAGUCAGCCUGAGGCGAAAGUGCUGGACGAUCUCUUCACUCCUCCCCCCGUCGCCCCACCCGCUGCCCCUGCCCCUGCCCCUGCCCCUGUUGCGCCUGCGGACCCCUUCGAUGCCUUCCUCAACGCCAGCCUGGUAUCUGCACCACCGCAGCAGAGCCCGUUGGUUCCUCAACAGCAGCAGGUCCUCCCUCAGCAGAAUGCAUGGGGGCACCCCCAGGCACCCAGUGGCGCUUGGGGUGCACCACAGCCGCAGCAGCCGCAGCAGCAGCCGCCGCAGCAGCCGCCGCAGCAGCCGCCGCAGCAGCCCAGCCUGUGGGGACAAUUUUCCAGCGCUCCACCAAGCAAUUCAUGGGCGCAACCUCAGCCGCAGCAGUCGAACUCAUGGGGCCAAUUUCAGCAGGGUCUCUCACAGCAGCAGCCCAUGGGCAAUAGCAGUAGCGCUAGCACGUGGGGUCAACCUACUACAUUGCAGACACGGGACCCGUGGGGCCAGUCGCAGGAGUCACCGCUGCCGCCGCAGUCAAGCUCAUGGGGCCAAUUUCAGCAGCAGCCUCAGUUGGGUAGUUGGAACCAGGUAUCUGCACCAGCGCAGCAGCUGCCCGACUUGUCGAACCGGCCACAGGAAGCUACCACGACGACGACUCAUAACACCACCAACAACGCGGGUAACUUGGAUAUGUGGGGGGCGUUGGACCAGUUCGCCAACCAACGCCACAAAUGA